AAUAUACCACUACCAUGGAUUCGGCCACAGAAAACGCCCAGCUUGCCACACCAUAAACGACGACACUACCCGUUACGACCGUUUCCAUUUCCUUGCCUUAAAUCAAUCAACCGUACUCACACUGUUCUUCUUCUUCUAACAACUUCUGCAAUUUGUUCUCAUUUAUGUUCAGACAGCUUCUCAGCAGCUAAUCUCUCAAAAAUAAUAAGAAAAUGGCAGCAGCAGGUCUCUCUUCUUCUUCAUGUACUGUAUUCACACUCUCCUCAUCCUUUAAAACCAGAAGACAUCUCACUAAAACCCCACAAAACCCUUUGCUUUUCAAACGCAACAACAGCAGCAACCGCACUUCACAUCCCUUUCUUCCUUCCAGAAAGUUGUGUAGAGUUCAAGCAACAAUUUUGAGAGAAGAUGAAGAGAAGAAAGUUGUUGUUGAGGAAUCAUUUCAACCAAAGACUUUCACUCAUGAGCCUGUUCGGGGCUCACCACAAUCUUCAUCGCCUGGUGGAUUAGAGACUUGGGCUAUCAAGCUUGAGCAAUCUGUCAAUGUCUUUCUCACUGAUUCGGUGAUAAAAAUUCUUGAUACUCUUUAUCACGACCGCGAUUAUGCUAGGUUCUUUGUUUUGGAAACUAUUGCUAGAGUUCCUUAUUUUGCCUUUAUAUCUGUUCUUCACAUGUAUGAGAGUUUUGGUUGGUGGAGAAGAGCUGAUUAUCUCAAAGUGCAUUUUGCUGAGAGCUGGAAUGAGAUGCAUCACUUGCUUAUCAUGGAAGAAUUGGGUGGUAAUUCUUGGUGGUUUGACCGGCUUCUUGCUCAAGUUAUAGCAACCUCUUAUUAUUUCAUGACAGUCUUAAUGUAUGCAUUGAGCCCAAGAAUGGCAUAUCACUUCUCUGAAUGUGUUGAGAGCCAUGCAUUUGCAACUUAUGACAAAUUUAUCAAGGCCCAAGGAGAUGAUUUGAAAAAAUUGCCUGCACCUGAGGUUGCUGUAAAAUAUUAUACCGAGGGUGAUUUGUACUUGUUUGAUGAAUUUCAAACUUCCAGAGCUCCCCAUUCUCGUAGGCCAAAAAUAGAGAAUUUGUAUGAUGUAUUUCUGAACGUCAGAGAUGAUGAGGCUGAACAUUGUAAGACCAUGAAGGCCUGCCAAACACAUGGAAAUCUCCGCUCUCCACAUUCAUAUCCAGAGGAUGCUUUUGAAGAUGAUACUGGCUGUGAUCUUCCUCAAGCAGAUUGUGAAGGUAUUGUUGAUUGUAUAAAGAAAUCUGUAACAUCUCCUCCAUCAAAGCAAAAUAUUUGAAGGAGAACAAGGAAACAGUAUACAUUUCAGGUGAUGGAUAGUGAGAUAUUGUAUACAUAGAAAGAAACAUUACAAAUUUACAUAAUUUACAUGCCUUCAAGCUAAAAAUGAAAAUUGAAUCAUUUUUUUA